CCAGUUGGACGGCACCUGCCUGAGGUCACCUGUCUUCCUACCGGCUGUCCGAGUUUCUGGAGCUCGCAGGACAACAUGGCGUCCUUAUCGGUCAGCUCGCGCCUCAACAAGGCCGUGCGGCAGCAGUACAUGAGCCUGCCUCAGGGCGAGAAGUGCCAGGCCACCUACAUCUGGAUCGACGGCACCGGAGAGGGGCUCCGCAACAAGACCAGGACUCUGGACACGGUGCCGCGGAGCAUAGAUGAUAUCCCCGAGUGGAACUUCGAUGGAUCGAGCACCUACCAGGCCGAAGGCUCCAACAGCGACAUGUACCUGGUUCCAGUCUGCAUGUUCAGGGACCCGUUCACCCUGGACCCGAACAAACUUGUCCUCUGCGAGGUUCUCAAAUACAACCGCCUACCUGCUGAAACGAACCAUCGGAAUGGCUGCAACACCGUCAUGGAGAAGGUCAAAGAGCACUGCAUGUGGUUCGGGAUGGAGCAAGAGUACACGCUCCUAGGAAUAGAUGGACAUCCUUUCAGCUGGCCCACGAACGGGUUCCCAGCUCCGCAAGGUCCAUAUUACUGCGGGGUGGGAGCAGACCAUGCGUAUGGACGGGACAUAGUGGAGUGCCAUUACAAGGCCUGCCUCUACGCUGGCGUUAAAAUCUACGGCACCAACGCAGAAGUCAUGCCGUCUCAGUGGGAGUUCCAGGUGGGUCCCUGUGAGGGCAUCGAGAUGGGCGACCACCUUUGGGUCGCACGCUUCCUGUUGCAUCGUGUUUGUGAAGACUUUGGGAUCGUUGCAACUCUGGACCCCAAACCAAUAAAGGGCAACUGGAACGGUGCUGGUUGCCACACAAAUGUCAGCACCAAGGAGAUGAGGGAGGAAGGAGGACUGCAGCACAUCGAGCAAGCCAUCGAGAAACUGAGCAAGAAACACCAAGAGCACCUUCGCGUGUACGACCCGCACGGAGGUGAGGACAACGUGAGGCGCCUAACAGGCCUGCAUGAAACCUCCAGCGUCUAUGACUUCUCCGCCGGCGUGGCGAACCGAGGCGCCAGCAUUCGCAUCCCCCGGCAAGUGGGCAAGGAUGGGAAGGGUUACUUCGAGGACCGCCGCCCCGCCGCCAACUGUGACCCGUACACCGUGACGAAGGCCAUCGCACAAACAUGCCUGCUUGACUCGGAAGAGGAGGAAGCCAGCUGUAAAAAGUGAGAGUUCACCUGGCGGAGUCGCAGACGGCUUGAACAGUUCAUUUUUACUUCUUUAUAAGGAUUCAUUCAACCUCAUUCAAAUCAUUC